GUAGCUAACCCAUUAAGGAAUUUAAUUAGAAAUACUAGAAACACAUCUACGAUGACAAAAUCUCAUGGAAAUUAUGACAAUGUAUUCAGUCAAACGGUCGAUUACGCACCCGUACAUCUCGAACGCUGGAGGAGCAGAGUAACCGGAUUGAACGUAGCACAAGUAAAGCAUGAGAGCCCAAUGUGUGAGGCUUACUUUGUCGUACCAACAGAAAUUUUCGACGACAGCGGCUGCCCUCAUACUUUGGAACACCUCGUUUUCCUCGGAUCUAAACUGUAUCCGUACAAGGGUGUACUCGAUACAUUAGCCAAUAGAGCCUUUGCUGCAGGUACAAAUGCAUGGACCGAUACCGACCAAACAGUGUACACACUUCAAACUGCCGGAUAUGAGGGUUUCUUGAGGAUGUUACCCGUCUACAUGGAUCACUUACUCAGACCUACAAUCACCGACGCUGGUUACACUACUGAAAUCCAUCACAUCAACGAAGCAGGUGAAGACGCAGGCGUCGUCUAUUCAGAAAUGCAGGGAAGAUCUACGGCUCCUUUCGAUUUAAUGGAGGAUAAACAUCGCGCACUCAUGUACCCUGAACAAAGCGCUUAUCGCUCUGAGACUGGUGGAAGAAUGGACGCCCUUCGUGUACUCACUGCAGACAAAGUACGCGAUUUCCACAAGAAGUACUACGCUCCACACAAUCUUUCACUUGUUGUCACUGGUGAUAUUCCAACUGACAAGCUCCUAGAUGUCAUGCAAAAUGUCAUCGAACCACGUCUCAUCGAUGAUGCCAAGGAGAGAGGUAUCGAAUUGGGCAUCAAACCACGCGGAUGGAAGAGACCAUUCGUAGAGACAGCUUCAGCAGAGCCACUUAAAAUACAAAAAACUGAGAGAUCAACCGUCGAGUUCCCAGAACAAGAUGAGAGUGUUGGUGAAGUUGAAUUAUCUUGGGUUGGAGGAAAAACCAAUGACUUCUUACACACCAAGGCACUUGAUAUUUUGGGUACUUACCUUACAGACUCACCAAUUUCGCCUUUACAAAAGCAUCUCGUUGAGAUUGCUUCACCUUACUGCACAGAUAUUAGCAUUUACAAUCGCGAGCGUAUCUGUAGUGACACCUUGCAUCUCGGUUUAGCUUCCGUACCUACGGCUGAGUUAGACAACGUGGAAAACAAGGUCAUGGAAAUAUUCAACAAUAUCAUCAAAGAAGGUUUCGAUAUGGAUAGAAUGGCCCUUGUUCUCAAAAGAGACCGUGUCAAGUUACUUGACCUUGCUGAAAGACAAGCAUCAAAUGCCUUCUCGUACAUUCUCAUUGCUGAUCAUCUCUACGGUGAUACUGAAGGUAAGGAUCUUAGUGAAGCAAUUGCUGAAAUGAAGAGAUGUGACGAUCUCGCUAAAUGGACAUCUGAUGACUGGGCACAACUUUUGAAGAAGAGCUUUAUUGAUGCACCAUUCAUCAAUGUUAAAGGAAAACCAUCUUCAACACUUGCAAAGACUCUUGAGGAGAAUGAACAGAAGCGUCUGGAUGCCCAGCGUAAGGAAUUAGGUGAAGAGGGUAUCAAGAAAGCAAAGAAGGUUCUUGAUGAUGCUCAAGUUGAGAACAACAAAGAUAUUCCAGAAGAUAUGAUUAAGUCCUUUGAAGUACCAUCAACAGACACGAUCUCCUGGAUCCCAGUCGAGAGUGCUCGUCAAGAGUACAACAAAGCACCAAUCACUUCACCUGUAAACAACGCUCUUCGUCAACAUAUUGAGUCAGAUCCAAGCAAGCCACCAAUCUUCAUUCAAUAUGAUCACGGAAAAUCAGCAUUUACUUCGAUCCGUAUCUACCUUUCAACUCACGACUUGCCAAAACAUUUAAGACCAUACGCAUCACUUUUCCUUUCCACAUUCUUUUCACUCCCAGUCAAGCGUCGUGACGGUACAGUUCUUUCACAUGAAGCAGUUGUUCGUGCACUUGACGAGACAACACUUGAGCAUGACAUAAACUUUGGAUCUAGAGGUACUUUCGCUGAAUUACUUCAAGUUUCCGUCAAGGUUGAGAAACAGCAUUAUGAAGCUUCUAUUGCAUGGCUGAGCGACUUACUCACUGGUGGUAUAUUUGAUGUUGAAAGAUUAAAGGUCACUGCUGCCAAGAUCCAACAGAGCUUGCCUGAACAAAAGAGAGAAGGUGACACUGUGGUAUGGGCAAUGUCAACUUCACUCAUGUUUGACAGUCUUCAACAAGCCAAUGCGGUCCUUGAACAGAGUGACUUCAAUCCAACUGUUAUUAAGAAACUCGAAGAUGAUCCACAAAGUGUUGUCAAUGAUCUUGAAGAAUUCAGAAAGUACGUUGUUCAACCAAGUGGUAUUAGAGUUAGUGUUGCUGGUAAUGUUUUAGGUAUUGAGCGUCCUCAAGAACCAUGGUUGAAGCACUUCUCUACGGAGAACAACAAGCCACUCGCACCGGUACCUUGGGUUAAGGACUUUAAGUUACCACUUGGACAAAACCCAUCAAAGAAGGCUGUUGUCGUUCCAUUACCUUCAAUUGAAUCAUCAUUCUCAGUUCACACAGCAAAGGGUGUCGAAGGAUUUGACCACCCAGAUAUUCCUGCAUUGAUGGUCACUUUGGGUACACUCAAUGCAUUGGAAUCUUACUUAUGGCGUUACAUCAGAGGUACAGGUUUGGCAUAUGGUGCAUCAAUCACCCAAAACCCUGAAUCUGGUUUGUUGAUGUUCACCGUCUACAAAGCACCAAAUGCUUUUAGAGCUUACGAAGAAGGUGGUAAAGUUGUAAAGGGAUUAGUCGAUGGAAGUAUCGCACUUGAAGAGACAACCCUUGAAUCAUCAAUAAGUUCAUUAUGUUACACUAUGACUUCACGUGAAGCAACAGUUGGUUCAGCCGCCUUAUCAAGCUUCGUAAAUCAAGUACUUAAGCGCGUUCCACAAGAUUAUAACAAGCAACUUUUGGCUAAAUUCAGAGAAGUCAAGAAGGAUGACGUAUUGGCUACAUUGAAGAAAUACAUCGCACCACUGUUCGACUCUGAGACAAGCAGUGCUGUUAUAGUAUCAGCACCAUCUAAAGUUGAUGGAAUGGAGGAGAGUCUCAGAAAGGAAGGAUUUGAAGUAGAAAGAAGAACGCUGGACGUUGGAGACGAGAGCAGUGAAGAUAGUGAUAGUGGCAGUGAAGCGAGUGCCUAAAGUGAUUGUAUUGGAUUGCCUAUAUGAAUAGAUUUCCG